AUGGGAUACAGGCAGAGUGCUGGGACAACUGAUCACUCCGACUUCAGUAGCAUCUUCAUGAUGGGGACCAAUGGCAAGAAGAAGGGGCUCCCUAGACCAGCUCAUGGCUGUACGACAAUCCCCAGACUGGCCCUGGAGUUAAAGCAAAUCAUUCACUGCACAUCCCAUUCCAAGCUGCCCCAAGUGACUCCCAUACGGGUGAUGAUGCCUUUAGGACAGCUUAUCAAAGGAGCCAGCUUGGAUGAACUCAUACAGAUGUGUAUUCAAACUUUUGAUUCUGAAGGGAAUGUUUGUCAGAGCAGUGAGCUAGUACAGAUUAUGUUGACAAUGCAUGGAUUCCUGAUCCCAUCUGCAGACCUGCUCAGCAAGCUGAUAUUUACAUAUGAGGAAGCUCUGCAGAAGAGGUCUUUGCUGUUCUGCCUCAAGAUCUGCUACUUUGUAAGGUAUUGGAUUACAGAACUCUGGACUAUGUUUAAAGUGGACUCACGUCUCACCGAGACCAUGGAGGAGUUCCAAGAGCUGGUGAGAGCACAAGGGGAAGAAUUACAUUGGCAACUUCUUGACACAGCUCAGAUUAACUCUCGGGAAUGGUCUAGAAAACUGACACAAAGAAUAAGACCAAACUGUAGUAAGAAGAGGAAAGUGUCACUUCUGUUUGACCACUUGGAGCCACAGGAGCUGGCAGAACACCUAACUUACCUAGAGUUCAAAUCAUUCCGCAGAAUUUCUUUUUCGGACUAUCAGAACUACAUUGUAAAUGGUUGUGUGAAAGAUAAUCCUACUAUGGAACGUUCAAUUGCACUCUGCAAUGGAAUUUCUCAGUGGGUUCAGCUGAUGGUCUUAAGCCGACCAACCCCUCAGCUCCGAGCCGAAGUUCUCACUAAGUUCAUUCAUGUGGCUCAGAAACUUCAUCAGCUGCAAAACUUCAACACUCUGAUGGCUGUGAUUGGCGGACUGUGCCACAGUUCCAUUUCCAGACUCAAGGACACCAGUUCUCAUGUGUCUCAUGAUGUCAGCAAGGUCCUUAAUGAGAUGACAGAGCUGCUGUCCUCCUGCAGAAAUUAUGAUAAUUAUAGACGAGCUUAUAAUGAAUGCAGCAAUUUCAAGAUACCGAUUCUUGGGGUACACCUGAAAGAUCUUAUCUCUCUAUAUGCAGCCAUGCCUGACUUUUUGGAUGAAAAGAAAAUUAACGUACCCAAACUGCACUCUAUGUACAACCAUAUUAAUGAGCUGAUUCAGCUACAAAACAUAGCUCCACCAUUAGAUGCCAAUAUGGAUCUUGUACAUCUGCUCACACUUUCCCUCGACUUGUAUUACACAGAGGAUGAAAUGUAUGAACUGUCAUAUGCACGGGAGCCAAGGAAUCAUCGGGCACCACCCGUUACACCCUGCAAGCCUCCAGUUGUUGCAGAUUGGGCAUCUGGUGUCUCUCCUAAACCCGACCCGAAAACCAUCAGUAAACAUGUGCAAAGGAUGGUGGAUUCUGUGUUUAAGAAUUAUGAUCUGGAUCAAGAUGGAUACAUAUCCCAAGAAGAGUUUGAGAAAAUAGCGGCCAGCUUCCCAUUCUCUUUCUGUGUGAUGGAUAAAGACAGGGAUGGCCAGAUCAGCAGACAAGAAAUCACUGCAUACUUCAUGAGGGCAAGUUCAAUAUGCUCCAAACUUGGCUUGGGAUUUCUUCACAACUUCCAAGAGACCACAUACCUGCGCCCAACCUUCUGUGAUAACUGCGCUGGCUUUCUCUGGGGCGUAAUCAAGCAAGGAUAUCGCUGCAAAGACUGUGGGAUGAAUUGCCAUAAACAAUGUAAAGAGCUGGUGGUGUUCGAAUGUAAGAAGAGAACUAAAUGCUCCACUGAAGACUGCAGUUUAUCUCCUGACAUUGCCACUUCUGACAUUUCAUCGACAAGUGGCAAAGGGUCAACAAAUGCUGAAGACGACCACUUCCCUUACACAAAUGGUGAAGACAGUGAGCACACAGAGGUCGGAAAAGACAGGACAAUCAUGCUGAUGGGAAGCUCAUCUCAGAAGAUCUCUGUGCGGUUGCAGCCAACAAUGAGACACAGAGGCACACAGACCGAAGACAGUCCUUCCAGUCCCUGCUUACAGGUUACCACCUCUCCUCAUAGGAGUCGAACUCCAGAUGGCAGUCCUAGUCCACUUUUAAUUAGGAAGCGGGCCUAUGCUAAGUGGGAAAAUAAGGACUCUGUCCGCAAAGUCAGAGAGGAGAGACGAGGAUCUAAACAAACAACACAAGAACUGGAAAAGGUAGCCAGUAGUAACAUUGAUAGCCCUAUCUUAUUCUAUGAAUGCUGGUAUAAUGAUUACCUAUUUUGGUAA